AUGAUAUUAAUAUUGGUUUUUUUAAUAACUCUACUUUUUUUUCAUUGGCUAACAAUGAAACCACGAAAUUAUCCACCAGGACCACCGUGUCUUCCUAUUUUGGGAUCUAUACCUUUUAUGAAAACAAAUAAUUUUCAUCUUUAUUUACAAGAGAUAAAAAAAAAAUAUGGACCGGUUAUUGGAUUUAAAGUUGGAAUGAUUAAUUUGAUAGGAGUUGUUGGUACGAAAGAAGUUAACGAAAUUUUUACUAGACCUGAAUUUCAAGGACGUCCUCAAAUAGCAUACUUCGAUCCCGGUAUUAUGUUUAGCGAAGGACAAUUUUGGUUAUCGCAAAGAAGGUUUACCGUACGACAUUUAAGAGAUUUUGGUUUUGGUAAAAAAUCAAUUGAAAAUGUUAUCCUAAAUGAAUUUGAUGAUUUUAUACAUUACGUCAUUAAAGAUAAACAAAUUUUUCAAGUUAGUGGAAUAUUUAAUACAUCAGUUGUCAACAUAUUAUGGGCUAUGAUUGGGGGAAAUCGUUUUUCAUAUGCGGAUAAAGAUUGUAGAAAAUUAUUAGAAACCGUUACAAAUCUUUUCCGUUCUGGCGACGUAACAGGAGGAUUAUCCAACACUUUUCCAAUUUUACGUAAAUUAUUUCCAUUUUUUUUUAAAAGGGAAAUAUCCAAUCGACAGACUAUCGAUAAUUUUUUAAAAAACGCCAUUAAGGAUCAUAAAAAAAUGAUAACUGAUGAACCACAAGAUUUUAUAGAUGCUUAUUUAAAAGAAUUGGAAAAAAAAGAUCCAUCAUUGGAUCCAUCAUUUAAUGAAAAUACUUUAGUAAGAGUUUGUAAUGAUAUAUUUACUGCUGGUGCUGAUACGAUAGGAAGCAGUAUAGGAUUUUGCCUUUUGUAUACCGUUUUAUAUCCAAAAUGGCAAGAUGUUAUUUAUGAAGAAAUAAAACAAUUUAGAGAAAAUGAAACGGGUUCACUGCUAGACAAUAGGAAAAGUUUUCCAAAAUUGGAAGCGUUUUUAACCGAAGUUAGCCGAUGCAAUACAAUUGCAUCAAUUGCAGUUCCACACAAAUCCCUAAAAGAUACAACUCUAAAUGGUUAUUUUAUCCCUCGUAACACAACAAUCCUGGUCAGCAUAUGGGCCGUAUUGCAAGAUAAAAGUAUCUGGAACGAUCCAGAAAAAUUCAGUCCAGAAAGAUUUUUAGACGAUGAAGGAAAUUAUAAAAAAACUGACGGAUGGAUGCCUGUAUUUGGUUUUGGGCAAAGGUCGUGUCCGGGUGAAAUCCAAGCGAAAAAUAUUAUUUUUUUAUUUUUCGUUUCUCUGAUAGAAAAAUUUAAAUUUAGUAUUCCAGAAGGACAUCCACGUCCGAAAACUUUGUGUUUGGGAGGAUUUACUAAUGCACCUCAACCGUUUGAAGUAAAAAUUGAACCCAGAUAUUAA